GGGGCGGUCGGGCGGAGCGGCAGACCGAGACCCAGUCCAGGCGGCGAUGGCGGCGGCUGCUGUGGUGGCAGCGACGGUCCCCGCGCAAUCGAUGGGCGCGGACGGCGCGUCCUCGGUGCACUGGUUCCGCAAAGGACUACGGCUCCACGACAACCCCGCGCUGCUAGCUGCCGUGCGCGGGGCGCGCUGUGUGCGCUGCGUCUACAUCCUCGACCCGUGGUUCGCGGCCUCCUCGUCUGUGGGCAUCAACCGAUGGAGGUUCCUACUGCAAUCUCUGGAAGAUCUGGACACAAGCUUAAGAAAGCUGAAUUCGCGUCUGUUUGUAGUCCGGGGACAGCCAGCUGAUGUGUUCCCAAGGCUGUUCAAGGAAUGGGGGGUGACCCGUUUGACCUUUGAAUAUGACUCUGAACCCUUUGGGAAAGAACGGGAUGCAGCCAUUAUGAAGAUGGCCAAGGAGGCUGGCGUGGAGGUGGUGACUGAGAACUCUCACACCCUCUAUGACCUAGACAGAAUCAUCGAACUGAAUGGGCAGAAACCACCCCUUACCUACAAGCGCUUUCAGGCCCUCAUCAGCCGCAUGGAGCUGCCCAAGAAGCCCGCGGUGGCUGUGAGCAGCCAGCAGAUGGAGAGCUGCAGAGCUGAGAUCCAGGAGAACCAUGACGACACCUAUGGCGUGCCUUCCCUGGAGGAGCUGGGAUUCCCCACGGAAGGACUUGGCCCAGCUGUUUGGCAAGGAGGAGAGACAGAAGCUCUGGCCCGCCUGGACAAGCACUUGGAACGGAAGGCCUGGGUUGCCAACUAUGAGAGACCUCGGAUGAAUGCCAAUUCCUUACUGGCCAGCCCCACAGGCCUCAGCCCCUACCUGCGCUUUGGAUGCCUCUCCUGCCGCCUCUUCUACUACCGCCUGUGGGACUUGUACAAGAAGGUGAAGAGGAACAGCACACCCCCCCUCUCCUUAUUUGGACAACUCCUGUGGCGAGAAUUCUUCUACACAGCGGCCACCAACAACCCCAGGUUUGACCGAAUGGAGGGGAACCCCAUCUGCAUCCAGAUCCCCUGGGACCGCAACCCCGAAGCCCUGGCCAAGUGGGCCGAGGGCAAGACAGGCUUCCCUUGGAUUGACGCCAUCAUGACCCAACUGAGGCAGGAGGGCUGGAUCCACCACCUGGCCCGGCACGCUGUGGCCUGCUUCCUCACCCGCGGGGACCUCUGGGUCAGCUGGGAGAGCGGGGUCCGGGUAUUUGACGAGCUGCUCCUGGAUGCCGAUUUCAGUGUGAAUGCAGGCAGCUGGAUGUGGCUGUCCUGCAGUGCUUUCUUCCAACAAUUCUUCCACUGCUACUGCCCUGUGGGCUUCGGCCGACGUACAGACCCCAGUGGGGACUACAUCCGGCGGUACCUGCCCAAACUGAAAGGCUUCCCCUCUCGAUACAUCUAUGAGCCCUGGAAUGCCCCCGAGUCAGUUCAGAAGGCUGCCAAGUGCAUCAUUGGCGUGGACUACCCACGGCCCAUCGUCAAUCAUGCAGAGACUAGUCGGCUCAACAUUGAACGAAUGAAGCAGAUCUACCAACAGCUGUCGAGAUACCGGGGACUCUGUCUAUUGGCAUCUGUCCCUUCCUGUGUGGAAGACCUCAGUCACCCUGUGGCAGAGCCUGGUUCAAGCCAAGCUGGGAGCAUCAGCAACACAGGCCCCAGAGCACUAUCCAGUGGCCCAGCUUCCCCCAAACGCAAGCUGGAAGCAGCCGAGGAACCUCCUGGUGAAGAACUGACCAAGCGGGCUAGAGUGACGGAGAUGCCUACCCAAGAGCCAGCAAGCAAGGACUCCUGAGACUGGAGAGCCAUCGCUCCGUGAGCAAAGCCCGGGUGCCUGAGCUACCAUGGCCACAGAGUGCAAUCUGCAGAGAAGCCAAUCACCAACAGACGGAGCGAGCGAGUGUGUGCGUGUUUGCAGAGGAAGGUGUGGUGUGCCAUUUGUGUGUGCAUGCAUCUGUUUACACUCUCAUGAUCCUGAAUGUUGCCUGCGCUGGAGGAGUCCCUAGAUCGUAUCUUCUUACCAGGGCUGCUUCUUGACCUCCAGACACAAGACUAGAAGCCACAGUAGUGACUUUCAGCCCAAAUCUGUCCCUGGGAGCCCCUUCCUUGUCCCAGUGAGGUGGUAGUACCCUAGCUCAAAUUCUGGCCUCUGCCUCCCUUGAUUUUUCUUCCUCCCUCCUCCUUUCAGACAAGGAGCUGGAGGGCCACAUUUUUUGACUCUCAUCUGAAGCAUAGAGUUUCAGAGGCAGCCAGAGUCCUGCUGACUUAGUUCCCAUGUUCUGACACUAGAACCUGAGCAGGCUGGAGUACCAGUCUUGUAAAACUCCAUACUACUAGCAGGCUUCCCUGAUGUCUGAGACAACUGACUGGUGUGCUGUGUGCCCAUGCUGCUUAUGUCAGCCUCAAACAGCAAAUCUGUCUGUGUAGAACCUUCUAGAAGCCAAGUGGAGAAUAGACUCCCAGGCUUCUGUCCCUUCCCCCGCAGCUAAGGCCCAGUCUCCCACCUUCUAGAAGCCGUGAACAGGCCAGGGUCUGAGCCGGUGGAAGAAAUCCUCGUCCCUUGGCUGAAGGCCCCUGGUUCCUCUGGCCAUGCUCCUGACACGACUUGCUCCAGCAAGUCCUGCUGCUACCCAGCCAGGCAAGCGGGACAGUCUGCUCUGCAGGCUUCCAGGGCCGGCCCUGGACCAAUCAGCACCCACACUGCAGUGUCAGUCCAGGACUGAGCUUCAGGGGACUCAGAGAGACUGAGAGUGAAGCACUGCCUGGGGCAGUUGGUGGAAGGUCAGAGAUCACACCUGGCACACCAACCUCUUCUCAGAGCAGCAGUGGAAGGUUUGGCCUAGAGAAGUCAAGCCUCACUUUCCAGGGGAGCCAACUCUCCCGCCCACUGCUGGGUCUUAUGGAGAAAGAAGUUAUGAAAAGAAGGAUCUGGGGGCACCUGAGCAAGUCUUCCUUCUACCCCGUGGCCUGCACUUGAGCCACAGUGUAUGUGUGGGGAGAAAGAGAAAGAGUGUGUAUGUGCGUGAGAGAGUGUGUGUGUGUGUGAGAGAGAGAGAGCGUGUGUGUGUGUGUGUGUGUGUGUGUGUGUGUGUGUGUGUGUGUGUGCUGUUUGGAUUUUUGUUCUCACAUGUAACAUUAAGCUGGCCUCUGGGCCUUUUCCUUUCUACCUCCCCUGUGACCUUUCCUAGCCUCAGAGUUGUUAAUGCCCUUGGCCCUGGCCUUUAUCAUGUCAGACCAGAAGCCUGGGGUCAGACUCGCCUCUCCAGCUGUCUAGUACAUCUGACAGGCUUCUUUUUGAGAUGGCCUCAGGUUUUCUCAGCAGAGAGCUGCCUUUAGUCCAACUGUUUGUGUCCAUCAUUCUGACUAGAAGCAUCCUAUGAUUGAUCGGGUGAAGAAACAGGGCACCUGUGAUGUCCAUGUUUAGAGUUCUGGGGUGUAACCUCCCUGCUCCUUAGCCCAGGCCAAGAGGAAGGAGCCAAACCGCCUUGCUGGCGAGAAGGUAGAGUGGGCCUGAAAAACCAGUCUCAGGAGCAAAGGCUAAUUCUGCGUCCAGGAUUUAGUUUGCAACAUCUUCAGCUGUGGGGACAAUGGCCUUCUCCGCUUUUUUUGAUGAUGGUUCUCUUCACAAGGUAUAAGUUGGCAAGAUCAUCUGUCCCCCCACCUCCUUGACAAGCUGGCCCAUUCCCAGGCCAGCCUUCCAAUGCAAGGAGCAGUCUACACCCACAGCUGAGAUAGAGUGGCCUGGAGCCUUGGGGUGACUUCAUGCCUCUUUUUGCCUAGCCUGAGUGGCCCUGAGGACUGUCACAGAACAGUGCCCCAUGUCCUCCUCCUGGGACCUAGCAUGGGGAAGAGAUGGUUGCAGGCAAGAAGCACUUUACAGAGUUCCCUAUUGCUGGGAAGGUUGUGUUUCUCCCACAGUUUGUUUGUGAAUAUUUACCUGUUUUAUAAAUGUCUGAUCCUGUCUGAGUAAAA